AUGCCAGCUGUAGUGCAUCACCCUAAUUUACAGUAUCCUUUUCAGGUGUCAUCGAUACGUUUUGAAGAAGGAACCCCCAAAGUUUACACAUACCUAGAUGAAGUAUCUGCGAUUGUGAAAAAGGAGUGGGUCGAAGGUGUACAUGUCGACUAUGAAACAUAUCAAAAAAUACUAGCUGCUGAAGUAGAAGAGUACAGAAAUAUGAUGGCAGGACUGCAGAAGUGGAAGGAACAGAUGAGCUUACGAGCAGCGGAAGACGGUAUAUCUCAAGAGGACAGCGAGUACGAUGCUGACGUUUCUUCUAGCCUUAGUUAUCAUUCACUUUCUGAAAGUAACCCCAUGGUCGCAUAA